CUGUUUUGAAAUUUUUCUUCCUCUUUACUUUUUGUGUUUUUAUUUAUCCUUUCUGUACAAUAAUGGCAUCCCGUGCUCUCUUCAACUCUUCCGUGAUCAACUCGGUCAAGCGUGCUGCUGUCCGUCACCAGUCCUCCGUCGCCAACUCUGGCUUCGUUGCUGAACGCGAAGCUGUCAAGCACCACGCUGCUGAUGCCGCUGCCACCUGGAAGAAGAUCUCCAUCUUCGUCUGCAUUCCUGCUCUCGUCGCUGCUGGUGUCAACGCUUACAACCUCUACGAAAAGCACCACGAACAUCUCGCGCACCAUCCCAAGGAAUGGGUCAAGUACGAGUACAUUAACUGGCGCGCAAGAGAUUUCUUCUGGGGCAAGGAAGCUCUUUUCUUCAACCCCGCUGUGAACCUUUCCGCCUCCGAGGAAUAA